CGGCCGUUGUUCUUGGUAUUGCAUACUUAAUUGAAUGCAGCGUGUUUCUCGUAGUCGACAGUAAGUGAGUGGCGAUGCCGCAUCUCAUUUGUUACGAUAACUAUCGUGAAUUAUCAUUCGGUGAUAGACGUGCGUUUAUUGUUUGUUUGGCGCGCGAUUUCGCUAUGAAAUUGUUUAGUUUGCAUAUUUUCGAGUUUUCUUCUUAUUCUCUUAAGCGUAAUUUUCUGUGUUAAUUAUUGUGUGCGCGAAUAAUGUAGAUUUUCGUUGAAACAUUCGUGGCGAUUACGCGCAAUAUAUGAGACGUGUUAAGUAAUAUUUUGUCGUAUUGAGUUUUGAAGUGAAUUUGUGUUGUCGUCGAGGAGCGUUGAUCCUUUCGAGGUUCUCAGUUCAAGUUGAAUGGUCGUACAAAUAGUGCCGACGUUCGCCGGAAAGCGAAAAUUUUCCUUCGCGGGUGAUGAGAAGCUAAUGGCGCAGUUCGGUGUGCCGUGAAUUUAUGGGAAUGUCUACAUUCGGAUUAAUGAUAUUGCUUUGUCUGCUGUCCGUUUGUACGUUGGUAAACUCGGCCAGUAUUUUGGAAAAUUCGAACGAUCUGUGGCAAAACUGGCUGUUAAACGAAAACGAAGAAAUACCAUCGCAACAGAGCUCACCUCUGUCCCGCCGAAUAACUCCCAAGUCGGUGUUCGUUGCUCCAGCUUUUAGUAGAUGUUCGGAAGGGUACAGAUUGGAUGCAAUGGGUAACUGCGUCGAGAUCGUGAGAUUAAACGAAGCCGCGCAGUGGGAGGCUGUGCUGCAGAAACUCAAACAACAAAUGAACGCUCAGCAGUUUGGCUUCAAUAAAAGACAAUCCCAAAGAAACGAUAGUAAUAGCGAUAGCGGUGGUGAAAAAAUUAAUAAUACUAGAGUCUCGGCGAACGCUGCAGAUACAGAUAAUACAGGACCGUUCCAACUCUCUAUACCGUUUAAUUCGAAAAAUUCUUCAGAAUCACAGAACGAUACGGUUUCAAGUACGACUACCUCUACGACUACUGAAAAAGAAAAAUUACCUGUGGAAAUUCCAACCAGUACGACGAUUACGAGAUCAACUACCGUUGUGCCGGUGCCGAGUACAACGAUUGCUGAGAGUUCGAUUUCACAAAAUACUCAUUUCAUCGACUACACGACCGAUGAAACGACCGAUGCUCAGGAGCUGACGACCUUUGGCGGGCUCGACUAUCAAGAAGAUACGGAAGCCAAUCAAUAUAACACUGAAUCGGUAAAUACCGAGGUUACGAUGGCAGAUUCAACGACCCAAGAUACGGUUACUGAGUCCAUCCUUAAUGUUGCUAGUCAUUUUGCGGAUUUUGAUAAAAUCAACGACGACGCUACCGAGAUCACAACGCAGGUUACUAUAAGAAGAACGCCGAAUUAUAAUUCUGUCGUACCUUUAAAAGGCGUCGUUAAUUCGAACGCGAACGCCGAACGAAUACAACAGUUUAACAGCGGCAGCGGUGGUUUAGCUGAUUUCAAGCCAUUUGCCAGCUACACCGCCAGUAAAAUAAAUUUAACGGAUGUAAAUAAUCCUAAAAAUCCCACUGUACAUAUUGUGAAUAGCUUGAAAAAUAAAAACGAAGACGUAGAAGGCGAAAGUACUAAUAUACCCAGCGACAUAUUCCAAAAGUUACCCCAAAAUGAAAGAACGAAACCAAAAUGUGACUCGAACAACAAAUACGACUGCUUACUGCCUAUCAACAUUUAUCCUACCAAUAAACCUACCUUCUCGUUGAACCGAAAACCAUCAUCAACAGCUUUCGUGCGUUUCCCAGAAACACCAACGAAAGGCGGCUAUGUACGUUUCCCACCCCAAAAAGUACCCAUCGAAUAUGACGAUGUUGCUUUGGCCGAAAGUAACCCCGGUUAUAGGUAUUGGGAUCGACGUUAUCCGAGCACCUGGUGGACCUCGUGGAAAUCUAAACCCCAGUUUAUUCAAAUAGUCCCCGAAACCAGCGCCAUUUAUGGCGUUGGAGACGUGAACUAUAUUCGAUCUCAUCCUCAUUUUCCAACCCAGACUGAAUGGUAUAAUAAGUAGGUGAAACAGAACCACCCUGUGUCCAGCCGGUACAAUUUUUCUCUCCUCCUACGCGUACUUCAAAUCUCGAAAAACAUCGCAAAUUUUUUCUAGUCUAUAUUAAAUCGAUUUUUAAAUUUCAAUACUUUCAAUAAUUUGAUCGAAUAUAUUUUUUAAAUGUCAUCUUUUUUCACGGAUAAGUCGAUCUGAUCGAUGCGAACACCUAUGUAUUAAAUCGUGAUAAAAAUGCAUGAUAAUGUAUGUAGAUUACCAACUUUGUGUUUUUAUAUUCAGCUAUUUUUUUCAUCUGCAUGAUUACAAAUACCUGUUUUUUUCAUUUUCCAUAUCGAAUAUUUAUUUGCAAUUAUUUUUUUGUUUUUUUGUGAAUCUUAAAAGAUUUUUCCCCGCUAAAACCGUUCACAUUUUUCCUGUCAAUUUUAUAUUUAUAAGUAAAAGAUAAGACUGAUGUUCAACCUAUGACAAAUAUAUACUUAGAAAUUCUAUAAAAAGUUCAAUGAAUUAUAUUCUUUAACGUACUCAUUACCUUAUUGAUAAAAUGUAUCUGUAAUAUUGUGUAUAUUUUGUGUCUUUAAUUUUUUUUUUCUAUUUCAAGCUAGACUUAAUUUAUUGAUACGACUAUUCGUUCAUUUUCCUUUUCUUUUUUUCUUUAUUUUUUUUAUAUGUGCUUGUAUAAAUAUUCUAUGAAUAAAAUUUUCAAUUUGA